AUGGCUAAUGUUGAAUCGGCCAAAGGAGUUGAAUGCUACACUGUCGGCAUUCUAACAGUUAGCGAUACGUCAUCAAAAGACUCCACAAAAGAUCUAAGUGGUCCAAGUUUAAAAAAUAUUUUGGAGUCCAAAAGAGUUUUUAGUGUGUUAAAAACCAAGAUUGUCCCAGAUGAAUUUGACGAAAUACAGGAAACUGUUAAACAAUGGUGUGAUGUCGAAAAACUCGAUUUGAUAGUCACCACCGGAGGAACAGGCUUUGGAGUUAGGGAUAUAACUCCCGAAGCAAUCCAACCACUCUUGCACAAAUUGUGCCCGGGAAUUACUCAAAAAAUGGUGUCGGAUUCUCUUCAGAAAACACCUUUUGCUGCUCUUAGUCGACCAAUCAGCGGAAUCAGGGAAAAAACUAUUAUUAUGACAGUUCCCGGAAGUUUAAAAGGAUCGAAAGAAAAUGCGGAAGCGGUGAUAGACAUAUUACCUCAUGCCAUCGAUUUGAUAAGAGGUGGAACUGGUGAAAAUGUACAUUCGCAACUACGUGAUCAUCAAUGUGCAGGUGAUUUUCAUCACAAACAUGACCAUGCUAAAAAUGUGUCGACACGUUCAUUCUUGUCAGAUCCUCUUUCCGGACCCGUCACGCAAAGACAACGAAAAUCGCCAUAUCAAAUGAUCUCCGUUAAGGAUGCAUUGAGUAAAAUUACUGAACACGCUAAUACCUUGCCAAUUAUCACUGUUCCGGUGAAUCAAAACUUGAUUGGUGCGGUUCUGGCUGAAAAUGUAAUAGCAAAAGAACCGGUGCCAGGGUACCGCGCUUCUAUACUUGAUGGUUAUGCUGUUGUAGCAAACGAUGGCCCGGGGAUUUAUCCCGUGGUUGGUGUCUCUAUCGCAAGCGGAAGUUCCGAAUCUUUCGAUAAGGAAUUAAAACCAGGCCAGAUUACUCGUAUUACCACCGGGGGGCCUGUUCCUCCUGGUGCUACGGCCGUGGUAAUGGUUGAGGACACGACUCUCGUACGUGCGUCGGCUGACGGAUUCCAGGAAAUGGAAGUUCAGAUUCACGUUCAGGUUCGUGAUAAUGAAAACAUUAGAGAAGUCGGAUCUGAUCUCAGUGUUGGAACGGUUGUUGCGCGUAAAGAUGAGCUUGUAACAGCGGUGGGUGGUGAAAUUGGAGUUCUGGCCUCUGUGGGAGUAAAGGAGGUGCAAGUGUAUAAGCGACCGGUACUCGGUAUUUUGUCUACCGGAAAUGAAGUUGUCGACCAUAACGAUCUUUCGGAAUUAAAGUAUGGUGCGGUUCGCGACAGUAAUCGACCUGCACUAUUGGCAAUUGCAAAAGCUACUGGUUUUGAGGCUAAGGAUUUUGGUAUUGUCGGUGACGAUCCUAAAGAAAUAGAGCGUACUUUAAGAUCAGCCCUAUCUCAGGUUGACGUGUUAGUUACCACCGGUGGUGUCUCUAUGGGCGAACUUGAUCUACUUAAGCCAAUAUUGGAACAAUCAUUGGGCGCUAUCAUUCAUUUUGGAAGAGUGAAGAUGAAACCAGGGAAGCCAACCACAUUCGCUACAAUUCCGGGAUAUUCUCCCGACGGUCAAGAAAAACUAAUUUUUGGGUUACCCGGAAACCCUGUCUCCGCAGUUGUAACUUUUUAUUUAUUUGUAUUACCAACCCUUCGAAAGAUUUCUGGAUACGAGAAUUGGACUUUGCCGAUAUUGCAAGCCGAGCUGACAAACGAUAUAUUUCUCGAUCCGAGACCAGAAUAUCAUCGGGCGAUAAUCUCUUAUGAUAGAGAAAAAGGAAAAUUAUUGGCCAGCUCAACAGGCCAUCAAAUUAGUAGUCGAAUUCUUAGCGUGAGGAGUUGUAAUUCUUUAUUAAUUUUACCUGAAAAAACUGAUGAACUUACUAAAUUGUCCAAAGGAACUACUGUUGAUGCUAUGUUGAUAGGACAGUUGCAUUGA